AUGGUAACAGACGAGACCACCACAACAACACUACCACAGAUGGAAGAAGAACAGGGGGCAACAACCGUGCAACCACCGAGGGAAGAAGAAGAGGAGGACACAUCCCUAAUCCGACCCGAAUUCGGAGAACAAAACGCAUUCGAACCGAAUCCGACACAGCAACUAUCCAAGCCGUAUCGAAAGAAGAGAACACGCAACCACAAAUCGGAGAAGAAGAGGAACCACCGGUGGCUGAAGAAGACAACGCAGCCACGACCCGAUCCGAAUUCGGUGAAGAGAACGCAGUCUGUCGAACCCAGACACAGACCGCAUCCACAGUCGCCUGCACCACCACAGCCCCUCCGCGGAGUCGCGGAAGAGUGA